ACCUACUCCUACCUCUCAUCCACGAGACUACGUCGCUUUCUCGUGCGUGGCCACCACCAAAGCACGAGGUCAAAGUAGAAGCCAAUCAAGCAACCGGUAGGGAGGGAGGAGCGGUGAUAGAGCUCCGACUAGUCUUCUUCGUUCCGCAAUCGCUGCGGUCUCCAUUUCCUAGGAGCCGGAGGAGGAAGACGAUGGGCAUGGAGAGCGGAGAUGCCCAGCUUCCCCUGAUCCACCACCACCACCACCAGGCUUCCUCCGCAUCCGGUGUACACCACAGCAAGCCCUUCAACUGGAAAGCUCCUGCUCUUAUUUUGGCCUUUGAGUUCUUGGAGAGCAUUGCCUACGCUGGCAUCUCCCUUAACCUGGUCGUGUAUCUUGGAACCGUACUCCAUGGAACUACCGCCUCAAACGCAGCCAAUGUUGAUACCUGGAAUGGAACAACGUUCUUGACACCGUUCCUUGGAGCCAUUUUGGCUGACACAUACUGGGGAAAGUACAAGACCAUUGCUAUCUCCAUAGUAUUCUAUCUUACUGGGUUGCUUGUCAUCACCGCCUCAGCUAUCAUCCCAUCACUGCAACCUGCUCCAUGCAACGGGAGUUCAUGUCCUCCUGCCACAGGGUUUCAGUAUUUCGUGUUCUUCACCGCGCUCUACCUUAUCUCGGUUGGGACCGGGGGCGUCAAAUCGGCGUUGCUCCCCUUCGGAGGUGACCAGUACGACGAUUCAGACCUCGAGGAGAGUAAAAAGAAGCAAUCUUUCUUCAGUUUGUUCUUCAUCGCUAUCAACCUUGGAGUGUUCAUCUCGGGCACCGUCGUCGUCUGGAUACAACAGAAUGUUGCCUGGUCUCUUGGAUUCGGCAUCUCCUCGAUAUGCCUCAUUGUUGCCACGGUUGCCUUUGUGGCAGGAACGCCAUUGUACAGGGUCCAGCUCCCCACUGGAAGCCCACUCAAGAGUGUUGUAAUGGUCUUUGUAGCCUCUUUUAAGAAGAGAAAAGUGGAGGUUCCUGCCGAUAGCGCACUCUUGUAUGAAGGGGAUGAUGCUGAUUUAAGCAAUGGACAGUCGGUCAAGCUAGCACAUACUGAUGGCUUCAGGUGCUUAGACAAGGCUGCAGUGGUUCUUGAGGAGGCAGAAGAGAUGAAGGAGGAUGGUAGCAUGGUAUGCUCGGUAACGCAGGUGGAGGAAGUGAAAAUCGUGCUGCGGAUGCUGCCGAUAUGGGUCACCAGCGUGCUGUACGCGGCGUCGCUGGGGCAGACGGCCACCACCUUCGUGCAGCAGGGGAACGCCAUGAACACGAGGAUCGGGCCCCUGUCGGUGCCGGCGGCGUCUCUCAACUCCGCCGAGGUGAUCUUCAUGAUGGUGUGGGUCGUGUUCCAGGACAGCGUCGUCAUCCCGAUCGCCAGGCGCUACACGGGGAACCCCUCGGGGCUGACGCAGCUGCAGAGGAUGGGGGUGGGGCGGCUACUGGCGGUACCCGCGUUGGCGGUGGCGGCCAUGCUGGAGACGUGGCGGCUGCGCAGCGUGCGGGGUGGCGGCAACCUGAGCAUCGCGUGGCAGCUCCCGCAGUUCGUUGUCCUGGCCUGCUCCGACGUGUUCUGCGGCAUCGCGCAGCUGGAGUUCUUCUACUCGGAGGCCCCCGUGUCGAUGCGGAGCCUGUGCUCGGCCUUCUCCUUCCUGGCGCUCUCGCUGGGCUACUACGUCAACUCGUUCGUCGUCUCCAUGGUCGCCGCGGUGACCACGGCGGGCGGCGCCAAGGGGUGGCUCCCCGCCGAUCUCAACGACGGCCAUCUGGACUACUACUUCUGGCUCUGGACCGGGAUCAGCGCGGUAAACUUUGUGGUGUACGCCGCGUUCGCCAAGAAUUACACCGUCAAGAAGCUCGCCGUCCCGCUCCCGCACCCACACUGAUCUCUACACUAUUUGUUGUCGACGGAACCAUCUGUAUGAUCAAUUUUACAAUUCUUUAUUAGGUAUCAACAGGUACCAAAAUUAUAUAAGAUGUCAAAGAAGUGCUAAAUUUUACAUUAAAAUUUUGAUAUUUACUGAUUGAUAUCUUCUCAAGUAAUGUAAACUCCUGUUGUAUUAUUCUCGUUGUCAACAAAUAAAAGCCUUUAUUGUGAAUG